AUGCCAAAUUACUGGCGAACUUGGUCCACAUUUAUUUCCGUCACAUGGCUCGGAGCGAAGUAUUUGCAGUUGCCUAACCACCAGAUUCCAACAGUUGUCCUGGCGCAAAAUUUAAAUAAACUGAAAUGUCCGGUGUUGGUUCAUUUACCAGGAAGAAACUUGAAUAAAGAACGCAUGUUGGAGAUUUUAAAUUUACUGAAAAAUAGCGGAAUUAAACAUGUUCUGGCUCUACAAGGAGAUUGGGUUCAUGUUUUGGAGAAGGAUGAUACCAAAGUAGACUUUCCUUAUGCUUCGGAUUUAGUUUCAUUUAUUAAAGGAAAUUUUGGAAGUGAAUUUUGUGUUGGUGUUACGGCUUAUCCAGAUUUGCAUCCGCAUUGUGAGGAUUUAGAAAGGGAUCUUGAUUAUUUAAAGAAAAAGAUAUCCCUUGGAGCUGAAUUUAUUCUAACCCAAGCAGUUUUCGAUUUUGACGUGUUGGAAAACUACGCAAAGUCCUGCAGAAGACACGGUAUCAACGUUCCCAUCUUUGUCGGCGUUUUUAUCAUCAAAUCUUACCAAAGCCUGAAGAAUAUGGCGAAAUGGUGCGAAUUCAAGGUGCCGCAAGCUGUUUUAGAGUUCCUAGAAAAUAAUCGCGAUGAUCCUGAUGCGAUUGAGAGAUUUGGCCUGGAUUUCGGCGAAAAUCUGAUAAGAAAAAUCUUAGAAAAUAAGGAAUUGUUCGCCGGGGUACAUCUCUAUUCUAUGAACGACAUGGAAUGGAUGGAAAAAGUGUUGGAUAAGUUUAAAUAUUCGGAUGAUGCUUCAAGUUCUGCUAAAAUGAAAUAACAACUUUUUUUAUAUAUUUUUUUUAUUUAAUUUGUUUUUUUUUAGUUAAUGAUACAAGGUUUUAUAUGAUCUACCUAACAUUUUUCAUUAUUUUUUAUAUGGUUUUGUAAUAAGUAAUACUUUUUUUAAA